AUAAUAACUCCGAUUCUGGGGAUUCCUCGUCUGAAGUUGAAUCUGAUCAUAGUUUUGAUGUACACAAAUCAGGUACGAUUAUCGACUCACAAAUUCGAAAAAUUAUUCUAGCUAUGUUUAACGAUCCAGAGGUUAUAGAAACGAUUAAAAACAAUAUUAAUAAUACGAAUUUAUCUAUGACUCGAAGAGUCGUCCCUAAAGGGCCUGCAAAACCUGACUUUAUAAAUUAUCGAGAGCCGACUCCAGAAAUACCCGAAUCAGAUGACGAAGAGGAGACGCUGAACGAUCCUAUGGAGAUAGAUUUUGUUCGAAGAAAGGAACCUACCACAAGCCUUGCAACUAUACCAACAUCUAUAUAA